AUGAAGGUCCGACGCGGCAUUUUUUCGCGACUGCAGCAGACUGUGGGGCUCGUGCUCACCACCAGGGCUUUGGUCUCGGCCAAGACGGCUCCUUCGCUCUACGAUUACAAGUACGACGGCACGACCACAUACUGCUACUGGAUGGACCAGGGUAUGCAAGUGUCCAACUUUGACUUUGCCUACGUGCUGGACGAGGGGGUAGGCUCUGCCUGCCCGCUCACCGUCUCGGUUCAGCAGGCCACGGCCAACCCCAUCGUUGCGGGCAACGAGGUCGAGUACACCUUUACCGCCACAUUGAAUCUAAAUGACAACGUGUUCAACCUCACGGAGCUGCAGACGACGGUUCCCGACCCCACUUCGGGUCUCCCCAUGCAGAUUGGUCACGCUAACAUUCACACGUGCUCGCGCUCUACAGUGUGCGAUAUUUUUCGACCCGGCGGCAACCGCAAAAUCGUCGACCAAGAAACGUCCAACUUCACUAGCAUUGGCACAUCUACUUUCCGUCAGAGGAUCACGUACGUUAGUCCAGGUGAGCGGAAUGUUUUCGCGCACAUCAUCCUGCCGCCAAAGGAUUUUCUGAAGAAGAGUUAUCACUUUAUCACGUUCCUUACGACAAACGUGGAGGCGAGCACAACGAAUGCAGCUGCCGAUGACAGCCUAGGCAUGUCGACUGGCGUAACGGUGGCCAUGAUCCUUGGUGGGGUAGCUGUCGUGGUUGCCGUCAUCCUCUUGGUCGUGUUCAAUCGCCGCAAACGCCGAUCUGGGCACGAAACUGACCACUUUCGAAACAGCGGGUUUGACUUGCCCGCUUCUAAUUGUGCAAACAAGUCGAAGUCUCAUCUGGACUGGAGCGCUGAACCCGACGCAGGGUAUCAUUCUGGCUGUAAGGACAACUUCACAGCGCACAAUUCUCGUGGUCCGGCACUCAAUGCCAGUGCUCUCGUUUUUAACGAUAGACUUAGCCGUCAAAACAAGACCGUGUCAUCGUCAGGGUCUCUUCACUCCAGUCGGGGUCCAGGUGACUCUGGGAUCAUGUACAGCAACUACGAUACCCCGAUGCAGCGGUCUGGCAAUAACUUUGGUGCUUCGGGACACUCGGGUCGCGACCAGUUCAACCAAUCGCAGUCAAUGUAUCCUGACGACUCAAUGUACGAAGGCGAGUCUCGUAUUGUCGAAGAAGACUCCGACCUUGAGUAUGGACGCACCCCAGACCUCGAGACCUUCGGCAUCCAGGCUGGCGAUGAUGGACCAUCUUUUGAAAGUGAGACGUCUAUGGGUACGUCAUUCGACUUCAAUACGAAUGAUGCGAAUUAUGCUCAGCCUACAUACAAUCCACUUAUUGGUGGCUAUGCACGUGAGUCCGACCUGUCGAGCAUGGGCGAAACUGCAGAGUACAACACGUACGACCAGCCACCACGUGGUGACACAAUGGAUGUCAUGCUCACUUCGACGCUUGAUGACGAUGGAAGGCAAGCCAGUGGAGAUCGUAGUAGUUCGGUCUCGUCGAUUGGUACUGUGGACUUCACGCUGGACGAGCCUUCUGUUCGCACGCAGAAGCCAGCCAAGUUUGAACCCCUGGAUGAGACAUUGACAAUGUCUGCUAUCGCGAAGGCAAAGAUGGCUCAACCCGACUGUCCAACCUCCAACGGGUUUGCCAACUCCAACGCCAGCGACAGCGGUGAGUUUGUCAUCCAUGAUAGCAGCACCGUCAAUUUCGGGACUUCGAAUGCCAGCACCGACUUUGCCAGCACUGCCAGCUCAGACGACAUUGACGGCAAGAUGAGGUUUGGCAGUACCGUUAACAGUGUGAGCAAGUAUGGUGGAAGCUUUGCCAACACUGCGGACAUCGUUGGGUCUUCCGAUUUUGGAGCCAGCGGCGUCACUGACAUUGUCGCAAAAUCUGAAUUCAGCGGCAGUCGUACUGGUGACUGCACAAAGCCAAGCAGUUUUAGUGACUAUGACGAAGGGGGCAGCUUCAGUAGCGACUUGGAGGGAUCUAGCUUUAGCUCUGGUCUCAGUGGUUCCAGCUAUGGCGCCAAUGAACCUGGCAGCAGCUAUGGUGUUGAACUGGGUAACGGAACGAACGUGACGGGAUCGGCAUUUCAAGCGACCAACCUGGACAAUGGUUUCGGCGACACGCAGUCAACUUACGAUUUCCAUGACAAGUCGUACUGCGCCGCCGACUCGUUUGCCACAACAGCGUCGGACGAUGACUCAACAGAUGUUGGGGCCCUCCGCGCGAGACGCGUAUCUUCGGCUGAUGGUGAGAGCUACGAGUUCUAG